GUCCAUAUUUUGUCUUCUUCAAAUCUCAAUUCUCAAAUAAUUUUUUACCACCUACAUUCUCCAAAUUUGUCUCUAACCUCUACUGGUCCCUUUCUCUUUCUCUCCUCUCUUACUCUCCUUCUCACUUACUUCAUCUAAACAUACUCCAGAUUUGUUUCACUUCUUGCACAAAAAUUAUACUCCAUGUACCCAUGUUCUAAUUCAGUUUCAAUUGUUUAGUUUGAUGAAAAACAAUUGAUUUUUGUUUCUGGGUAGUUUUCAAAUAAUGGGUUUGUUUCUAUUCUGCCAUAAUUGAAUUUAGGCACACAAAAGAAGUAAGAAUUUGAAGUUUCUGCAUCCAUCAAAAAAAAUGAGAGAUUUCCCAUCUUGUUUCGGAGAAAAUGCUGUGCAAAUAAGUGAUUCUUCAUCUUCUAAUGGUAAUAAAACUGCCCAAAACCUGGUUACUUGUAUAUAUCAAUGUCGAUUUCGAGGGAAAUCAUGUCUUAUAACAGUUACAUGGAGUAAGAAUUUGAUGGGUCAAGGUCUUAGUAUUGGAAUUGAUGAUUCAAGCAACCAUUGUUUAUGUAAGGUUGAUAUUAAGCCAUGGUUAUUCUCUAAGAGAAAAGGGUCAAAAACUUUAGAAGUUGAAUCUAGUAAUAUUGAUAUUUAUUGGGACUUUUCCUCUGCUAAAUUUGGAUCUGGACCUGAACCUUUAGAGGGUUUUUACUUAGCAAUUGUGUGUGAUAAACAAAUGAUUCUACUACUUGGGGACAUGAGGAAGGAAGCCUUUAAAAAGACUAAUGUUAAACAAUGUCAUAGUUCUGCUGUUUUCAUUGCAAAGAAAGAACAUGUUUAUGGGAAGAAGGUUUUCUACUCUAAGGCACAAUUUAGUGAUAAUGGUCCCGUGCACGACCUUAUGAUCGAGUGUGACACGAUUGGCACGAACGACCCAUGUUUAAUUGUCCGGGUCGAUACCAAGAAUGUGAUGCAGGUUAAGAGAUUAAAAUGGAAAUUUAGGGGUAAUAAUACUCUUGUGAUUGAUGGGCUUAAUGUGGAAGUUUUCUGGGAUGUGCAUAGUUGGCUUUUUGGCACAUCUCCUGGAAGUGCAGUUUUCAUGUUCAGAACUAGUCUUUCUACUGAGAAGAAUAUAUGGGCUAGCCAACCUAUUUGUGAUCCUAGUGUAUUGCAUUGGUCGACUUCGCAAAGGAUUCGAGAAUCUCAAUCUCAUCAAUUUGGUUUCUCUUUGAUUUUGUAUGCUUGGAAGCAAGAAUAGUGAGAUUUAAGGAUUCAAUUGUUGAGUACUAAGUGCUAACAAGGUUACAUUAGGGACUAGGGAGUGUCCAUUUUACCUUUCUAUGUGAUGGAACUACACUAUAAUUUUUAUAUAAUUGUUGUUCCUUGUCUUUCUUAUCAUAUUUGUGGUGAAGGAAGACAAAUUAAAUAGAUCAAAGUGAUUUUUGUUGCCUUUGAUUGUAAAUUCUUCUGUCUCCUGUUCUCCUUAGCUUUUCUAUACAUUAUUUUAUUGUUUUAUGAAGAUUA